AUGGUCUUGAAUCGUCAUUUCCAACAACAACCAGUCUUUCAUCCCCAGACGCGGCCAGAGAUAACCACUAGGAAUCUGGGCCUCUUCGAGGCCGAUGCAUUUCGCGAUGUUGUGGCCGCUCGGCUGACUGGGUCCGUCCGGAUACCUACGGUGACGUUUGAUAGCAUGGAUCAUGUUGGGAAAGACCCACGAUGGGAUAUCUUCUACGGGCACUCGGACUAUCUGAAGAAAACUUUCCCCCGAGUCUACGAGGCACUCGAAGUGCAGACGGUCAACGAGCACGGUCUACUGUACACAUGGCAAGGCUCGGAUGAUCACCUACGGCCCUUGUUACUGAUGGCACAUACCGAUGUUGUCCCAGCUGGCACUUCAACAACGGCUGAGUGGACACAUCCUCCAUUCGAUGGUCACUACGACCGAGAGUAUAUCUGGGGCCGUGGCUCGGAGGAUGACAAGUCCAACCUCAUUGCCAUGCUGACAGCCAUCGAUUGCCUUCUCGAAUGCAACUUCAAACCAAGUAGGACCGUCGUACUCUCGGUCGGAUUUGACGAAGAAGGGGGCGCUGAGCAAAGCUAUGGUGCUCGAUGCCUGGCCGAGCUUCUGCUAAAGAAGUAUGGUAAAAAUGGCAUGGAGAUGAUUUUUGAUGAAGGAAUCGCCGGCAUCGAGAACCGAUUCGGGACAGACUUCGCUCUACCGGCAACGGCGGAAAAGGGCUAUGUCGACGUGACGGUUUCGGUUCAUGUUCCUGGUGGCCAUUCGUCAACGCCUCCGGACCACACGGGCAUUGGCUAUCUUGCGCAGGUAAUUCGCAUCAUCGAAGACCAACCAUUCAAGUCGAAAAUCACUCGGCAAAAUCCGACCCUGACUUACCUCCGGCAAGCUGCACGGCUGUCAAAAUCAAUGCCGGCAGAACUACGCGAAGCGAUAUUAGGUCCACAUGCGAGUGAAAAGAUUCUAGAGUAUAUGGAUUCGUCUCGUGAAAGACGGGCGAUGGUGAGGACGUCGACAGCGGUAGAUGUCAUUUCUGGGGGCGAUAAGGUAAACUCGCUUCCGGAAAGCGUCCACGUUGUUGUCAAUCAUCGUAUUGCAGUUCAAGAUUCAGUACAAGCAGUCAAGGACCAUUAUCUACGCCUUCUUCAGCCUUGGGCGGAUCAGCGGAGAUUCAAGUUGGACGCCUUCGGCUCAGUGCUUCCACCAAUGAAGCCAAUGGCCAGGUCUGGAGACGACCUCGAAGGAGGUACAUUAGUUCUUGCGGCCCAAUAUGAGCUCGACUCGUCUCCAGUGUCAGACGCCGAAGAUGAGCGAUUUAGCUGGCUCGUGGGAACAUUGAGAGGUGUGUUUGGAGAUGAUGUUGUUGUGGCUCCAGAGCUUCUCACAGGAAAUACUGAUACACGGUACUACUGGGACCUGUCAACACAAAUAUACCGUAUGUCGCCAUGGCGGGCGAGUCACGAUCCUCGAGGCACGCGGAUGCACACGGUUGAUGAAAGAAUGCCGGUUAAGGGGCUCAUGGAGAUGGUGAGGUUCUAUCAUGAAUUCAUCCGAGUUCUUGAUGAAAAACGAUGUUGA